GCCCGGCUGCCGCGGUGGCCCCGUCCAAUCAGAGCAGCGGGGUCUGGGCUCGGAUCGAGAGUUGGGUUGUUCAAUCCGCGAGGAGGACAACAACCAGCCACAGAGUAUACCGGAUGGAUGGAUGUUGGUGAUGAAUGCUCUUGUUGAUCACAGCGGUGACAUGGACUUGAGUGAUCGAUCAAGUUCUGUGCAGAUCAUGUGAUGUGUUGUCCCGAACCGUAUCAAGCAAACGACUUUUACAAAUGAGGUGCUCCUUGGUUACAGGACGUGUGUCCUUUCAGUGAGGCCACAUGUGUAUCGGCAGAGAUGGAUCGUUGUAAGCACGUGGGACGCCUCCGCCUGGGCCACGACCAUUCAAUCCUAAAUCCACAAAAAUGGCACUGUGUGGCCUGCAGCACCACCGAUUCCGUGUGGGCCUGCCUCAAGUGCUCCCACGUGGCCUGUGGACAUUUCAUGGAGGAGCACUCGCUCAAACACUUCCAGGAGUCACAGCACCCACUGGCCAUGGAGGUGCGGGAGCUGGAUGUGUUCUGCUUUGCCUGCGGAGACUAUGUACUCAAUGAUAAUGCGGAGGGAGACCUCAAACUCCUUAGAGGUGCCCUCUCGACAGUUCGCAGUCCGGGCAGACGCUCACUCCGCUCCUCAACUGGGGGUGAGUGCGCCUCCUGGGUUGGCGAAGGCGGGACACAGCCCGCCAUGCAGUUGGCCUCGCGUCACAGGAGAAAAGCCCUUCUUGGGAAAAUGCUCCGGAUGUGGAUCGGUAAACAUCAAGACCUGCAGAAUGUGCGUUUAGAGAAGCUCGAGGAAGCUAAAAGACAAAAAAAAGAGGUUAAGAGGAGACUCAUGGAGGAGCUGGGCAGCGUCCCUCCCAGAAAGAGUGCUAGGCUUCUUACUCAGGCGCCACGUUCGACCAUCACACUCAUUCCUUGCAAAUUCCGUGACCCUCCGGAACGCCUACCCCCUCCUCUCGCCCCCAAGAAGCCCUCCCUUCUCACCCUGUCCCGUAAAUCUCCUCAGAAUGGCCGCGCAGCUAAACUGAGGAGGUACUACUCGACUCACACGGUGACCCGGCGGAGGCUCGCUCCAGGUGUCACCGGUCUGCGCAAUUUGGGGAAUACAUGCUACAUGAACUCAAUAUUGCAAGUGCUGAGUCACCUGCAGAAAUUCAGGGAGUGUUUCCUCACUUUGGACCUGUGUGAGACCGAGGAGCUGCUGGCCAAGACCAACAACUCGCAGGAGACAAAGGGCGUGGCCGGAGGCGUGGUCAGCAGCGCUAACACGCCGCUGUCAGGGGGUCCUCUUGGGCGCGUGGGGGAACCAGGCAGUUGGAAUUUGGCCCCGGGCAAAAAGGAAAGUACCCCACUUUCCCCACAGGCCUCGGAGUUGGUCCAGCCCAAGGAGCCUCGCUGCUCCACCCGCCAGCAAAUGUCUCUGUGCCAUGAGUUGCAUACGCUGUUCAGGGUCAUGUGGUCCGGCCGGUGGUCUUUGGUGUCUCCGUUCGCCAUGCUGCACUCUGUGUGGAACCUCAUCCCUGCGUUCCGCGGGUACGACCAGCAAGACGCCCAGGAGUUCUUGUGCGAGCUGCUGGACAAGGUGCAGCAGGAGCUGGACACGGAGGGGUCCAAACGGAGGAUCGUGAUCCCCAUUACAAAGAGGAAACUAUCCAAGCAAGUGCUGAAGGUUCUCAACACCAUCUUUCAUGGGCAGCUCCUCAGCCAGGUGACGUGUCUGUCCUGCAAGCACAAGUCUAACACAGUUGAGCCAUUCUGGGAUUUGUCUUUGGAGUUUCCGGAGCGAUACCACAGCAUACACAAAGGCUCAGGUGCUACAGCUUACCAGCGGAGCUGCACCCUCACCGAGAUGCUGUCCAAGUUUACGGAGAUGGAGGCUCUUGAAGGCAGCAUCUACGCCUGCAACCACUGCAACAGAAGAAGACGGAAAUCAUCCCGCAAACCCUUAGCCCUGUCGGAGGCUCGUAAGCAGCUUCUGAUCUACCGUUUACCUCAGGUUCUACGGCUGCACCUCAAACGCUUCAGAUGGUCCGGGCGGAACCAUAGGGAGAAAAUCGGCGUCCACGUGGCCUUCGACCAGGUUCUGAACAUCAAACCGUACUGCUGCACCGGCUCAGGUCACUCCGUCCACAGAGGGGGCUACACCUACGACCUGUCCGCUGUCGUUAUGCACCACGGUAAAGGCUUCGGCUCAGGGCACUACACCGCAUACUGCUACAAUACAGAAGGAGGUUUCUGGGUCCACUGUAAUGACUCUGAGAUGAAGGUUUGCAGCGUGGAGGAAGUGUGCAACACUCAGGCCUACAUCCUCUUCUACACCCAGAGGUCCGCCUAGGUGCGUCUCGCUGGGAUGUCGACCUGUUUGGGCAACUUCAGACUGCAUUUAUGGAAACGGUUUUUUUCGGAUGUCAUUGAGCAAUGAAUCUAUUUUCUAAGAAGAUAGCAGGGGGGCAGGAGGACAGACACCAUCAUGAGUUAUGAUCCAGAUCCAGAUCCAGUUAUGAUGAGAAAGAAGACGAUGAUAUUGGUACACACACUGUAAUGUUGCCACUGGAAAUGAAAGCAAAAAUAUUUCAAUGGAAAUGUUAAAAUAGGUGGCUUUGGAUUUAGUUUGUUUUGUAGAGAGAAAAAAACAAGAAAGAAAUGACAAACCUUUUCAUAAAUGAGGCCACAGCGUUCUUGGCCUUUUGGGACCAGCAUAUCGGUUAAUGGGCCGACGCCUGCGUGAGCGGCUCCGUCCGGCUGUCAGCCUCAUGGCCAUUGAGUCUGCGAACAAUCAGGCGCUCCCCCUGAAACAGCAUUUCCCAUUUAAAGGCCACAUGGAUUUUGAGUUUUAGAGCAUCUCUACCACAAUAAUGUUCUUGAUGUGCGUUUUAUAUGUAACCGUACAUUUGAUAGCCAAUGCACUAAAUAUCAGAAGAGGUACUCGUUGUGUAGCUCGCCUUGAAUUCAUUUCAUCUAGUGGCUGAUGUCCGGACUUGACGUUGCCUCCUGUUCAACUUUUGGAGUCAUAUUAAAAAUGUCUGUCACGGAACCUUUGAAUGCUCAUCAAAGCUCAUUCCCGUGUGACGCUUGUGGGUCAUCAUGUCCUCUCCUCAAUUGUACUGCUUCGGCCUUGGUGCGCUCAAGAGAACAGGAAUUAUUUUGUAGUCAUUCUAUGUUUCACGGCCAUAAACACGCGUGAUUGAUGAGUGACGGAAAGCUGCACUUUUGAGGAGGGGCGACUGUUGUUGGUCCAAUCUUUUGUGAUUGUUCAUCUUGAAGCUCCUGUAUCUGGUUUAAAUGGCAACUCCCCCUGCGGCCCAACGGUUCGGUAGUCUGAGGGAGGGAGACGAGGGAGAAAGGGCCGACUGCGAUACAGAAGAAUGUACCUGUUGUGAGUUGAGCACCCGAAAGCAAUAUAUUGUACAUCUCUCAUCUCGACAGGAAAUUAAGAUAAAAUCAGGAAUUCUUCUGCUUUUUUUUCUACUCUGCUGUUUCUAUCAAGGUCUUUUAGAAUUUGCUAGGUAAUCAAGAAAAACGGUGGCGUUUCAUACGAGUCAAACGCAGAAUACAUUUGUGAACCUUUUAUGUAAAAGUUGGAACAAUCUAAUGACGAUGAAUGUCUUAUUUUCAGUGGUCCGGUGUGGCCAUGCUACUGGCUCGGACCCCUUUGAGUUCUGUCUUUUACUGUAAGAAUACCUGUCAUAAAUGUAAUGGUGAUAUGGGUUUUACCAGACGGUGAUUAUUAAAAAGAAAAUUUUAGAAGA